CUCUUCCUUUUCUUGCUGUUACCAGCUGUGAUGAUACAAGGAUGAGUCUUUUACACCAUGCCUACUAGUAUUUCCCCUGUAAAUGAACUCUGACAGACGACUUUCCCAUUUUCAGUAUGUGACGUUCUUAAUGAGCAACCUCUUUUAUUACUUUUUAACAGGCCUAAUAUGAAAACGUUUGUUUUCCUUUUGUUCUGUUUUAACCAGUUCGGCAAUACCUGCUACUGCAACUCAGUCUUACAGGCACUUUAUUUUUGUCGUCCAUUUCGGGAAAAAGUUUUGGCAUACAAAGUGCAGCCUCGAAAGAAGGAAAGCCUCCUGACAUGCCUCUCUGAUCUCUUCAACAGUAUUGCUACGCAAAAGAAGAAGGUGGGAGUCAUCCCACCCAAGAAAUUUAUUUCCCGAUUGAGGAAAGAAAAUGAAUUAUUUGAUAAUUACAUGCAGCAGGAUGCACAUGAAUUCCUAAACUACCUACUUAACACUAUUGCUGACUUACUACAAGAAGAGAAAAAGCAGGAGAAGCAGAAUGGCAAACUCCAGAAUGGCAGCAUUGAGAGUGAAGAAGGAGACAAGACUGAUCUGACGUGGGUCCAUGAAAUCUUCCAAGGAACACUAACCAAUGAAACCAGAUGUCUUAACUGUGAGGCUGUUAGUAGCAAAGAUGAGGACUUUCUGGAUCUAUCGGUUGAUGUGGAACAAAAUACAUCAAUUACACACUGUCUAAGAGGGUUUAGUAAUACUGAAACUCUAUGCAGUGAAUAUAAAUACUAUUGUGAGCAGUGCCGCAGUAAACAGGAAGCACAGAAGAGAAUGAGAGUGAAAAAGUUGCCCAUGAUUCUAGCUCUGCACUUAAAAAGGUUCAAAUACAUGGACCAGCUGCAUCGAUACACCAAACUCUCCUACCGUGUAGUCUUUCCCUUGGAGCUCCGGCUCUUUAACACUUCAGGAGAUGCUACAAAUCCUGACAGAAUGUAUGACCUUGUGGCUGUAGUUGUUCACUGCGGCAGUGGUCCAAAUCGUGGACAUUAUAUCACCAUUGUGAAGAGCCAUGGCUUUUGGUUGCUGUUUGAUGAUGACAUUGUAGAGAAAAUUGAUGCCCAGGCCAUUGAAGAAUUCUAUGGGUUAACAUCAGACAUUUCCAAAAACUCAGAAUCUGGAUAUAUCCUCUUCUACCAGUCAAGAGACUAAGACAAAAGAUACAUGUAUACAAAUAAAAGAAAAAAGGGAUCAAGAUAUGUCCAAAUGGAACAUAUUUGUGACAGCAGAAGCAGUUCCUCGUUGUUGCUGUAGGACCAGGACAGAUCCAGCAGGGUGAAUACAGGUUUUUCCCUGCCGUUUUGUGGAGGAUUAGUGCUGACUGCCGUAACAAGAAGAGCUUUUGUUCCAGUUUUCUUUCUGGGCUUUUUUUACGUGCUAUCUUCCAAAAUCUGUGUUACCUCUACUUGAAACCUGGCUGCUUAUUUGUUCAUGAACUGAAGAAGAGAUUUAAAAGUAGCAUUGUAGAAUUUUUACCAUUUAAUGUUGGCCUGAGGCUAUACCUUGGUUUCUACCAUCGUCGUUUUUCUGUAUUUUAGCAGAAUGAUUUCAAUAUUCAGUGUCAGCUGAAGGCAUAUUUUAGGAUAUGAACAGCAGCUGGUUGCUGGAUAUUUUUGGUGACUCAGACUUGAGAAGCAGUACAAAGCUAAGACAUAUUGGAAAUGUCAAGUCUGUAAUUUUUAUAAAAAAAAAAAAACAGACAAAAAAACUCUCUCUGCAGCAUUGUAAAUUUCCCCAUUAUGCAUUAUCUUGGUUUUAGAUAACACUAACAGCACUGCUUCUCUUUAUAUUUUUAUUUUUACUGUUCUGUUUCUUCAGAAGGUAUAGAACUUUGUCCAUAUUCAGGCUAGUCUGUUGUGCGUUUUUCCUUUGAAGCAGAAGUUUUGACUCAGAGCCACAUUGCUGCAGAUUUAAGGGGAGCAGAAGAGCAGUUACCUUUGGAAGACUAUGUCUGGCAACCAGUCGCUGUAGAAAGUUUGACGUUACAGCAUUUCUUGGAGCUAUUGCGUAAACCAAAAGUGCCCUCAUUCUGAAACAGGAUCUGUUCAACAUUUCGUUCAAUACGUAGCAAACUGAUGCAACUAGCAUUUUGAAUCUAUGCUAAUACACAGAAACAGCACUAAUUGUGAAGGGUUAACCAAGGGAAGCAUUAUUUAUGUAACUAAUCCAGUUGUUCUUAGUCUUCAAGAUAAUGAACAAGUAAGAAGGAAAACCAACCAACCAACCAACCCAGACAUUACCUAGCUAAGUGUUCCUCGUCAUCCGUUGGUAAUGUUUGUAUCGAUCUGGGAAUCAUAACACCCCCCUAAAAAUGCUUCUGAUUGUUUUACCUCUAUAGGCCUUGCUUAACAGGGGAAAUUGUUAGUCUUUUGAAGACUGAAAUUAAGUAAUUAUCCGUUACGUGUGUAUAUAUUAUAAUCUCAAGGAUAACUAGAAAGAAAAGACUAAGGCAGUUUGUAAGAAAUCUCAGAAAAUCUCCUGUAAUUUUCUUUUUGAAAAGUCCUGUUGCCGUGCCAAAGCUUGUCGCAGCUGGCUCUAAACUACCAGUGGAAAUGACUAUUUUCCUUUCUUCAUCUUGUUAGGUGACACAAGAGCUGUCCUCUGUGUGGUUGCUCCCAGCACAGCCGUUCACGGUAUAUGCCGGUGAUUGUUGUUCUUGAGGACAUUUAACUUAUGCAAUUCUGUGGCUUGUACAGGAUAUAAAAUAUUUUACCAAAAUAUUGUCCUCAGGAAAACAGCAUUUCACAAACAGUUUCUUGUGGUGGCUGUAUGUAUCUGUUUCUUCUUAUCAUGACCAGAAAUGUAAUGUUAGCAAUUAACUCCUGUCUUCAAAACGCAAAUUAAUCAUUACCAUUGUGUUCCAGCUGGGUACAGGUUCCGUUCUCCCGGCACAUCUCCUCUUCCAGAAGAUAAAAUACGGACAUUGGGUUUUUUAAUUAUUUUUUAUUAUACAGAGUACUGUCAUUUUAAGAGACAUAUUCAAUAACAGCAAACGUUUUUGUCAUCUCGUUCCUAUUGUGUGACAAUUGUUCCUGGCUAAGAGUCUUCUCCCCUUGUUCACACACAAGCUGUGAGUCCUCUCCUGGUGGCGCUACCAGAAGCCUGUCAUCACUAAGUCUUGCAAAAAAAAUAAAAAGAGAGCACUGAGUUAAAAAUAAUCUAAACAGUAAAUACAAAAAUUAAUGUAGUACACUAGACAUGUAUUUUGUAUAUCUGGCGAUACAUUUUUACAAAUAAAAUACCUGACUGAGAGAUAAUAUUGAAAGAUAUAUACUAUAGAUUAAAAACUGUUAAAAGUGCACUUUUGCUACAGAUUUAUAAGGAGACUAAAAGGAAUUAAAUUGGAAGAGAAUGGUGUGAUGUUACUUCUGUAUAAUAAAUGACCCCACCCGUCUCCAAUAAAGGUCAUGUAUGAU